CUUUGGAUUUGUGUGUCUUGGGCAUGAGGAGCGAAGCCCUCCGGGUUUGCCUCUCCGCUUUCCCCUGAUUAAGACCGAGGACAAGAGGUCUGCUCGGGCUCUGCUGGGAUUUUGUUUCCUCUUCCAACUAUCGAAGUGUUGCCGCAUUUGGUUUUAAUAAAACCUGUAUACAUUUUCACUGUGGAGUAAAGUUGAGGGUAUGAGCUGGGGAAAUCUACCGUGACUUUUUUCGGAGGAGAAAGUAGCUCCCGGUGCCAACAGGGCAGAGAGUGGCUGCUGCUAGCGGAUCAUCCCUGGGAGCUGGGAAAGAAAGGCUAGCUUACUUCCCCUGUAUGCUGCCUCCGAAAUAAAACCACACAGCGAAGAUGGACUUGAAGGUGCUCUUGAUAUGUACAUUGUUAGGAGUGUUUUGUUACAGCAAUGCCCAGAAAGAGGGGAAUGAGUGCAUCAGUGCUAAUGCCAAAUACUGCGGGGAGUGCAUCCAGGCUGGAGCCAAAUGUGGCUGGUGUAAAGACCCAAACUUCCUGAAGCAAGGCGAGACUGUGUCAACCCGUUGUGAUGAGCUGCAGUCUCUGAUAAAAAGAGGCUGUAUUGAGGCAAUGAUCGAAAACCCCCGCGGAGAACAGAAGAUCCUGAAGAACAAAGCGGUGACAAAUCGCAAAAAGGGAGCAGAGAAACUGAAGCCAGAGGACAUCACUCAGAUCCAGCCCCAAAAGCUCAGCCUCACCCUGCGUUCUGGUGAGCCCCAGUCUUUUGAUUUGAAGUUCAAACGAGCAGAAGAUUAUCCCAUCGACCUGUACUAUUUGAUGGACCUGUCCUACUCCAUGAAGGACGAUCUGGAGAAUGUCAAGAACCUGGGAACAAGUCUUAUGCUGGAGAUGUCAAAGAUCACCUCUGACUUCAGGAUAGGUUUUGGCUCCUUUGUGGAAAAGACAGUCAUGCCAUACAUCAGCACCACCCCAGCCAAGCUGCUGAACCCGUGCACAGGUGACCAGAACUGCACCAGCCCGUUCAGCUACAAGAACGUCCUGAAACUGACCAGCGACGGCAAAAAGUUCAACACCCUGGUGGGCCAGCAGCACAUCUCUGGAAAUUUAGAUUCUCCUGAGGGGGGCUUUGAUGCCAUCAUGCAAGUGGCUGUGUGUGGGGAGCAUAUCGGUUGGAGGAAUGUGACUCGUCUGCUGGUGUUCUCCACCGAUGCUGGAUUCCACUUUGCUGGUGAUGGCAAACUGGGUGGCAUCGUUCUGCCUAAUGAUGGAAAAUGUCACUUGGAGAACAACGUGUAUACAAUGAGCCACUACUAUGACUACCCCUCAAUUGCUCAUCUGGUUCAGAAACUGAGCGACAACAACAUUCAGACCAUCUUUGCAGUCACAGAAGAGUUCCAGCCUGUUUACCAAGAGCUGAAAAAUCUCAUACCAAAGUCUGCGGUCGGUACUCUGUCCGCCAACUCAAGCAACGUAAUCAACCUUAUUAUAGAUGCUUACAAUUCUCUCUCGUCUGAGGUUAUUCUGGAGAACAGCAAGCUUCCAGAGGGAGUGACCAUAGCUUACACGUCCCGCUGUAAAAACGGAGUGGUUAGUGAAGGUGAAAAUGGACGGAAGUGCUCCAACAUCUCCAUCGGAGAUGAGGUCACGUUCAGCAUCAGUGUGACAUCUCAGGGCUGUCCGAAAAAAGACAAUAAAAGCAAGCAUGAGACCAUCAAGAUAAAGCCGCUGGGAUUUACAGAGGAGGUGGAGAUUACCCUGAACUUCAUCUGUGAGUGCGAAUGCCACAAGGAAGGUAUCAAGGACAGUGAGCUCUGCCACAACGGGACCUACGAGUGUGGAGCCUGCAAGUGUAAUGAAGGACGUGUGGGCAGACAGUGUGAAUGCAGCAGCAACGACGUGGCCACAGAGGACAUGGACCGGACCUGCCGUAAAGACAACGGUACUGACAUCUGCAGCAAUAAUGGAGACUGUGUGUGCGGCACAUGUGAAUGCAAGAAGAGAGACAACCCUCUCGAGAGGUACAGCGGCCAGUACUGCGAGUGUGACAACUUCAACUGUGACCGCUCUGGAAACAAACUGUGUGGAGGGCAUGGGCGCUGUGAGUGCAGAGUAUGUAUCUGUGAUCCCAUGUGGACCGGAAGCGCCUGUGAUUGCUCUCUAGACAACAGCACAUGUAUGGCCAGCAACAAGCAGAUCUGUAACGGGAGAGGAACUUGUGAAUGUGGCACCUGCAAGUGCACUGACCCCAAAUUUCAGGGUCCUACCUGUGAGACUUGCCCUACCUGUCCAGGAGUCUGUGCUGAACACAAAGAGUGUGUCCAGUGCCGGGCCUUUGGCACUGGUGAGAAGAAGGACACGUGUGAGAGAGACUGCAAGGACUUUGUCCUAUUUAAAGUGAAGAACAAGCUACCCCAGCCCAAUGAGGCCUCUUACCCUGUGAUGCACUGCAAGGAGAGAGACGCCAACGACUGCUGGUUUUACUACACCUACGCUGUGAACAACAACACGGAGAGGGAGGUCCAUGUGGUCGACACGUUGGACUGCCCCGCCGGUCCUGACAUCAUCCCCAUUGUGGCGGGCGUGGUCGCCGGCAUUGUCCUGAUUGGCUUAGCCCUGCUGCUCAUCUGGAAGUUGCUGAUGAUCAUCCAUGACAGAAGGGAGUUCGCCAAGUUUGAGAAGGAGAAGAUGAACGCCAAAUGGGAUACGCAAGAGAACCCCAUAUACAAGAGUCCUAUCAAUCAGUUCCAGAACCCAAACUAUGGACGUAAAGCUGCUGUCCUUUAAGGUGAAAAUCCCAUCUACAAAAGUGCUGUCACGACUGUGGUCAAUCCCAAAUAUGAAGGAAAGUGAUGGCAUCACAGUUUUAAGAGAACUCUGCUGUCAAGUUACUUGACAACUGCAGUAUUUGCCAUGCGUUUGGGGUCUGAGGGGAACUUGUGGAAUUUAUGUCAUUUCUUCUUGUCGCUUUACUGUUACAAUGUACCAUGUGGCCACUGCAUCUGUAUUUUUACUAACACUUAUGAUUUAUAUGCAUUUGUUGUAUUUUAGAUGUACAGUAUACAGUAUGUGUAUAUACUUUUUAAGUUGCAUUUUGCAGAAAUGAUGACAGGAAGGUGCUUUUUUUUCCUGCCACAGGACUGGUGUGGACGGAGGAUAAAGCAUUUUUUUUGUUUGUUUGUUUAUUUUUUUUAAACAUCACAAUGUGGACAUGACGGAUAUACAAUAUAUGUACAAGAAUUCCUCAGCUUCUGUCUCUUUCUCUGUCUUUCACACCCUCCUCUUGUCUUUCUGUGCACUGAUUUUCCAUGUAUUUCUGUGUGUUCCAGACAGGACCUGAGUUAAAUAUGUACAUUUUCAGCCGUAACAGCACAUAAUGUCAAUAUGUGUGUGUAUAUAUAGAAAACAACUGCAACAGGAAGUACUGAAUAAUAUGUAGUAUUCAACUUAAAUUGGGCAAAUAUGUUGAAUCACAGCAGAUUGUGCAGUGGUUGUAAAUGUAGUGUUGAACUGCAGCUUAGAAACAUCCAGUGUCUGAGAUUUUAUUGUACUCUUAUUGAGUACUAAAGGAGUAAAUACACAAGAUUAAUAUCAGCUGUCAUUAUUUGAAUUGUUGAUAUGCAAUCAGAAGGGGACUGUAUACCACUUGUUAAAAAUAUAAAAGUGUGGCAGUGUUGAACAAUCAAAGGAUUUGUAUAGUUUGACGAGUUUAAAUUAACUAAUGAAACAUUGUUGUAUUUGCUAACUGCAGUAACGUUUAUUACUCAUUCUCAGGUCCUUUCCUGUGUUAAUCAAGUACACCAAAAAUUUGUUUUCUGAUGUUCAGUGAACUGACUGGUGCAAGUCACUUUUGUUAGCUAAUUUUUUUAUUUUUUUUUUUUAGAUUGUAAGACUGAGACAAGAGUUAUUUGUUCAGACGAAUCACCUCUGAAAUGCUUUCACGCCCAAAUGCCUCACACGAGUACCACACACAAGCCUUGAAAGUAUUGUUUUCAAAGUGCCUUUUAUUUCAAUACCAUGUUCUCUCCCAAUGCUGUUUAUGGAUUAUUUAUUAAAUAAAGUACAAAAAUGUCUGUGU